AAACCUGACACGGUAAUAGUUAUUUAUUAUCUUUCACCCCAUACAGCAAAUGCCAAGUAACCUACUACCUAUAGCAAGGGCUCGGUGACUCUGUGUACAUCCAGGCUUAACAUGUCUGCAAAACGAAUUACUGUGGAUGAUUUUGAGCAACAUGCAAAGUGUUUUCUGAAAAAAUCGAUAUUUGAUUAUUAUCGAUCGGGGGCAGAAAAUCAACAAACGUUAGCCGACAAUGUAGCAGCAUUUUCCAGAUGGAGGUUGUAUCCUCGUGUUCUAAGAGAUGUUUCUGCCACGGAUCUCUCGACCACCAUACUAGGACUGAAAGUGAGCAUGCCAAUAUGUGUAGGAGCAACGGCAAUGCAGAGAAUGGCUCACCCUGACGGAGAAACGGCGACUGUACGAGCUUGCAGAUCGGUUGGAACAGGAAUGAUGUUGAGCUCUUGGGCCACCUCCUCCAUUGAAGAGGUUGCUGAGGCUGCACCUGACUGUCUACGCUGGAUGCAGCUCUAUAUCUACAAAGAUCGCAACCUGACAAAGUCACUGGUGCAGAGGGCAGAACAGUAUGGAUAUAAAGCGAUCUUCUUAACUGUGGACACUCCUUAUCUGGGGAGGAGACUUGAUGAUGUGCGGAAUAAGUUCCAACUACCUCCUCAUCUCAGGAUGAAAAACUUUGAGACUGAAGACUUGGCAUUUUCAUCUAAACAAGGCUAUGGAGACAACAGUGGUUUGGCGGUGUACGUUUCUCAAGCUAUUGACGCUUCUAUCAAGUGGGAUGACAUUGAAUGGCUUAAAGGAUUAACCUCUCUACCCAUAGUAGCCAAAGGGAUUUUAAGAGCGGACGACGCUGUAGAAGCAGUGAAGCGCGGAGUAAGCGGCAUCCUGGUGUCUAAUCAUGGUGCACGUCAGUUGGAUGGGGUUCCAGCCACAAUUGAUGUGCUUCAGGAAAUUGUGAAAGCCGUGGAUGGGAAAGCUGAAGUAUAUCUUGACGGUGGAGUAAGGAAAGGAACAGAUGUUCUGAAGGCUUUAGCAUUGGGUGCCAAGGCAGUUUUCAUAGGAAGACCUGUGUUAUGGGGUUUGGCCUAUGAGGGAGAAAACGGUGUGAAGGAAAUCCUAAAUAUACUCCGAGAAGAAUUUCGGCUAGCAAUGGCUCUCUCAGGUUGCUGUAAUGUAAAAGAAAUAGACAAUUCGUUUGUUCGUGAAGAUCACUUUCCGUCCAAAAUAUAGACCACUGAAUGCAAGCCAAAAUCUUGGUCCAAGCAAGUCAAAUAUAACAAGAAAGCAUCUAGAGACUGAAGACACUGAUGGGGUAGAUGGUGGAAAUAAGCAACCAGAGAUACCUUUUUAUUAGGCAUGAUAUUUAAUCUUCUUUGUAGUCUUUGUGCAUUUUUAUUAAAGGGAUGAAAUCAUG